GAAGUUUACCAAGUUCAUUGGCUUUGGGCAAAGGCCCUAUGGGAUCGAUGGAAGGAAGAAAUGACAUUGGUCCAAUUGGAGAUGGAUUGGACAUGCAACUUUUUCUUGUGGGAAGCAACCCAAUGGGGCGACAGGAUGUGGGAAUCAUUGGUGAAACACCUUCCAGGUCAUUCAUGCUACUCAGGAAGGCAAUCCCAAAUGUAUUCAUUACUGGUGCAGGAUGCCCAGGCGGCAUUUCAAGACCUGCAGAGUGGGUUCAUAGACACUCAAGAUGAAUGA